AUGAUAGACGGAGCAGAUGUCACAAACGGUGGGCCCACAGAGGGAUUUUGUUGUUGAUGUUAGAUGGCAGCAGUUAUGGCAGGUUAAGUUGUCGCGAUGGAAAACAAAGAAAGUAGUGCAUAGAGUAACCCGCCACCCAACAUCGUUUACUUCGAAACGUGUCUGCCUUCUCCGCCCAAGUACCACCAACAGUGUUCAUGAAGAAGAAGUAGAUGAUGAUAGGAAGUUCAAGGUGGCGCUCAUCGGUAGCGGAAACUGGGGAAGCGUCGCAGCCAAGCUCAUUGCCUCCAACACCCUCAAGCUCUCCUCCUUUCACGAUGAAGUGAGGAUGUGGGUCUAUGAAGAGGUGUUGCCCACAGGCGAGAAACUUACAGACGCCAUCAACCGAACAAAUGAGAAUGUCAAGUAUCUUCCAGGCAUUAAGCUUGGAAAGAAUGUUGUGGCAGAUCCUAAUCUUGAACAUGCAGUGGAAGACGCAAAUAUGUUGGUUUUUGUGACUCCUCAUCAAUUCGUGGAGGGUUUAUGCAAGAGGCUUGUGGGGAAGAUAAAGAGUGGCGUCGAAGCCAUCUCCCUCAUCAAGGGCAUGGAAGUCAAGAAGGAAGGGCCAUGCAUGAUCUCCAACCUCGUCUUUGAACUUCUUGGAAUAAAUUGUUGUGUCCUCAUGGGCGCAAACAUAGCUAACGAGAUCGCAGUGGAGAAGUUUAGUGAAGCAACAGUUGGAUAUAGGGAGGAUAAGGAAAUUGCUGAUAGAUGGGUUCGAUUGUUUAGCACUUCCUAUUUCCUAGUAUCACCUGUAAAGGAUGUUGAGGGAGUAGAACUAUGUGGAACGCUGAAAAAUGUUGUGGCCAUAGCAGCAGGUUUGGUGGAUGGCUUGGACAUGGGAAAUAAUACAAAGGCUGCAAUAAUGAGAAUUGGUUUGAGAGAAAUGAGGGCCUUUUCCAAGCUCAUGUUCUCAUCUGUCAAAGACAAUACCUUCUUCGAGAGCUGUGGGGUGGCUGAUCUCAUCACGACAUGCUUGGGAGGAAGAAACAGGAAAGUUGCCGAGGCUUUUGCAAGGAAUGGUGGAAAAAGAUCUUUUGAUGAGCUUGAAGCGGAGCUUUUGCAAGGCCAAAAACUACAGGGUGUCUCAACAGCAAGAGAGGUUUAUGAGGUUCUAAGUCACCGUGGAUGGCAAGAAUUAUUCCCACUUUUCACGACAGUGCAUGAGAUCAGCAUCGGCCGCCUUCCUGUAACAGCUAUAGUUGAGUACAGUGAACAUACUCCUAUGUUCUCUCUAGUGGAAGGUUCUGACCAAUACUACUGAUCCUACACCACAUCAUCAAUGCGUUUUGGAUGAUCCAAUGCUGAAAGUAGCAUAAAUAGCUUAACUUUACCUGUUAAGUAAAAGCAUAUGUAGAUUGCUUGUUGAAACAUAUAUUUCUAUUCUACACAACAGCCAACAAGUCAUCAUAUCAUGGAAUACCGUAGUCAUAACUAGUAAUGCUCAAGUUGAAGUGGUUUCAAGAAAAUGUAUCCUCAUAUCUGAGGUGAGAUAUGACAUAUCGCAUGGCAUUUUACAAACUUGGUCUCUGAGCAACUUUUGAAAAUGCCAACUCUUCCAUGUAUAUACUGUGAGACAUUUCCACUUGUGGUUCAUAUUUCGACU